AUGGAAUACAAGACAGCAUAUUUCUUAAGCCAACUAGUGCAAUUUAAUAUUUUGCGGAAUCAGGCUGUUCCCAAUGAUGCAUACCAGGUUAGAGUGCUGCUAACAGAAAGCCAAAGACUGGAUAAUUUAUACCGACUGAAAUGGAUUAAUGAACUAAUAUCUUCACCUGUAUUCCAGGCGAACGAGGUGACUGACGAAGACACUAAGAGACGAUAUGCAAAUGAGUACGAAGAGGGGAAACGCCUGAAUAAAUCUACUAGUCUGCGCGAAGAAGAUAUUAAAAUCCUUAUUAAGACAGUUGAAAAUAAAUGGAAAGCCAGAGCAAGAUUGGAUGCUACUGAAGAUGCUCAGCUGUCUAGAUCAUCGGCUACGUGUUCGAAGAAGGAAGUCACUAGAAUAGGGAAAGCGGAUAUCUGGAGAUUGGUGGGACAAACUGUUAUACUGAAACGGGCUGCUGAAAACAGGCUUUAUGCAAUAAAUGAAGCAUUCAAGGAACUCAUGUUGAAUAAGAAGGAGACACUAUACGAUUCAUUACUACAGAAUUUCAAAUUUGUCGAAGAGCAGUACCGCAGUGAAUUAGAUGCACUUGCCGAAACAGUAGUCGACGUGGAGUAUAAGCGACUUCAUUAUUUAAAAUUACUUUGUCCAAAGGAAAGAGUCAAAGUCUUAAUAGACUCAGUGACUGAGGAGGCUUAAACACCAAAAAAAUAAACAUGGUCUACCAGCAAUGGAUCAGCACACUGGACGAACAUAUCUACAAUAAAUUGAAGUCCUGUUCACCAUGUGUUCGCGAUUAUUUAACUCUUAACUCAGUAACUCUCUCUUUCACAGAAAUAUUGGCGAAAAUACUUUUCU